AGUCACUUGCUUAUUGAAUUUCAACUCAUUUUGAAUAAACUGUUGUCUAACAAAAAUGAUGAAACUAGUGCUAAUCCUAUUGCUACCUGGCAUAGUGUUAUGUGGGCCGGAAGAAAACGAAGGAGUGAAAUACGCCAGCAAAUGUGAAGCGUGCAAAAUUCUAGCCACCGAGUUACAGGCCCGUCUAUCAGAAACUGGCAAAUCACACGAAGUAAUUGAACUGGGGUACUCCGUAGACGAUGUUAAACCGAAAAAACGGACCGAGUACCGUCGAAGCGAACUUCGAUUGCUGGAAUCGAUGGAAAAUGUCUGUGAUCGAAUCCUCGAAUACAAUAUACACAAGGAACGCAAAGAUAGUACACGUUUCGCUAAGGGCAUGUCAGAAACGUUUCAGACACUGCAUGGACUGGUGAACAAGGGGGUUAAAGUUGAUCUCGGUAUUCCAUAUGAACUGUGGGAUAAUCCGUCAGCCGAAAUUACCCAAAUGAAAACGCAAUGCGAAACGAUGAUUGAAAACUUUGAAGAUAUCAUUGAGAAGUGGUAUUUCAACAAGCAAGAUGAAGUUCCACUAAUAAAAUACUUGUGUGAAGAUCGAGUACUGAGAGCUAAUGAUCACCAAUGCUUAUAUGAAACUAUACCCACUAAAACAGACAAAGAGGAUUCUACUGAAAAGAAACACAAAAAGCAGGAGCUGUGAAUUAAUUAAAGAACGUAAAGCGCUGUACAUACGAUGAACCGUUUCUGAAAUAAUUUGUUGUGAGCAAAUAUUCAAUACAUGAUCCUGCAUACCUUUUCACGUAAAGAAAAAUGCGUUCGAAAAAUUAUUUCAUCGUAUGAACAGCGAAUCAUUCAAAGCAAAUGAGCUGAACUAUUUUAUUAAACAUCACGCCAUGUUCACAAUGUAAUUUUUCAAAUUACCUGUAAAAAUAGAAAAAAAAAAAUAAGUUAGCCAUCGAACACGUAGCAUCUCCUUCAUAGUCUUUACCUAUAACAAUAAAUACAUUUUUUGAUAAA